AUGUCGUGCCCCGCCGCCGUGCGCACUGCGUCCCAUCGCCGCCCGGCCAUCCUCUGCCUCGCCUGCCUCGCCGUCCGCUGCCUUGGCCGCGGACCACCACCACCUCGCCUGCGCGCCUCCGCCCGCCGCCACCUAGCGCUGCCGCCGCCCUUGCGCCUCGCCGCGCCGCCCUGCCCCGCCGUUCGCCGGUCGCCGCCGUCGCCGUCCAUGCUUGUCGGCCACCGCGCCUCCUCGUCUGCCGCCUCGCCGUCUCCUCCGCCGUCCCGCGGCUCCUCCUUGCCCUCGCCGGAGUUCCGCCUCGCCGGAGUCGUCACCGGAGUCAACUCCGGCCGGAUCUACCCCGGGUGGAUGAGAUCCACCGGGAGACGAACCAAACAACCUCGCAGCAUCCCGGAUCUCCUCGUCCCGCACAACCUCGUCCCGUUGACUUUUCGGAGGUGCUAUAAAUUGUUUACUGCUGUUAUCAGAUCAUGGUGA